UCAUCUAUCGCUCUCUCUUCCUCCUUACUCUUUGCUUCUAUCUCAUCGUCUCUCCAAUGGCAAUUAUCGGGAUUCUUGGUCUACAAUUAAUUGUGGUUGUUUUUUCCUAUCACAGCUCUUCUCCAUUUUCACAUAUCAACAAAAACUGUGUCAUCGACGUUUCUCCCCUAAUCAACAACUCAAUCAAAAUACAAAUAUCAAAUUAUCAUCAACAUGGUGCUUACCAGCUUAUUAACCACAGUAACCCUCAUGUUCAUUUUUAACUGUUUCCUUUUCUUGUUCCUUGUGAAAACAUCUAAUCAAUCACCAAUCAACCCUGCUCGUCCCCCAGACUGUCCAGACAAGUGUCAAUGUCUUCCAGCAACAGAUAUACUUGCCGAUGGACCAGAAGGCUGGCAAAUAGUUUGUGUUGCCAUCGGACUUACAACCGUUCCUGAUUACAAUAAGGUUCAACUACCAAGGCCAGCAUAUACACUGGAUUUUGAUUACAAUAAUAUUACUUCACUUCAAGUAUUUGAAAAUGUGUCUGAGCUUCGUUACCUUGAUGUAUCUUACAAUCGAAUCGAUUCCAUUGAACCGCGUUCCUUUUCAGCUUUACCAAACCUGAGUAUCCUGAAUUUGAGCAACAAUCGCCUCUCAUCUUUACCAAGCAAUUUAUUUGAAAAUUUGGAUCAUUUAAUGGUUCUGGAUUUAAGUGGAAACAAAUUCACAUAUCUACCAACCGACCUAUUUUCCCCAUUGUUAUCAUUGACAAUAUUGAAUGCUGGUAAAAAUUUCCUCAGGCAUCUCGAGCUUGGUUUAUUUGACAAAAAUUUGCGCCUUGAUGUUCUUGAUUUAUCUGAAAAUCAAUUAACAUCCAUUCCAGUCAACCUUUUGACCAACAAUAUGAUUUUGAAAACGCUUGAUCUUUCAGGCAACUCUUUCGAUACAGUGCCAAGUGAAGCUUUACAAGGAAUACCAAGUUUGGAAGCUUUAUCCAUUGAUGGAAACCCGAUUCGUGUAUUGAACCAUCGAUCAUUUCCUCAUCUUCCAAACCUGGCCAAUCUAAGUAUCCAACGAAUGCCAUUCCUUAAGACCAUUGAAGAGGUCACUUUCUCGUAUUUAUGUUCGUUGCAGAAAAUUGAUAUUUCUCAGAAUCAGAAGUUAAUCAGUAUUGAUCCAGAUGCCUUUCUCGAUAUGCAUCAAAGUCCCAACUGUUCAAGUUUGAAAAAAGUAAAUUUACGAAAUAACAUGUUGACCAAACUGCCGCAAUUGGCUUUACCGUGGUGCUCCUUGGAAACUGUUGAUUUAACUGGUAAUCCAUGGCAAUGUGACUGUGAUUUACGCUGGCUGAGGGAAUGUCAACAUCUUCUUAAGCCUGGUCUUAGGUGUAACCAACCAAAGGAGCUUAAUGAACGAGACUUUAUUGACAUUGAUGUGGAGCAAUUUACCUGUGAUGGUGAUUUUGCCUAUGAAACAAGAAUACAAAGAUUCUUAAUCAUGAUUAUCGCCAUGAUUGCCUUUUUUGUCUCUGGAAUGAUAAUAGCUUUAUUUAUUCAACGACCCAUGCUUAUGGAUUGGGUUUACGGUCGUAAAAAGGGAAUCGGUUCCAUUUAUUAUGUUAAAGCACCAAUACUUAUGACCGAAUAUUGAAAUACAGUUUCACUCUCUUCCAUGAAUCUAAUUUAAAUUAUGAGCUUUAAAUGUGCCUUGCCUUCAUCGUACCCAAUACUAAUCACCAAUUAUACUUCUAAGUCAUAAAACCACAAUUAACCCGAUUAUUAGGAAAAUUUGUUACCAGAUAAUCAGAAAUUUGCCUGUUGAUCAUUUUUUCCAUUAUAUUGUAAAUAUAACUUAACUUUGUUAAAAUUGAUUUUUAUUAAUCAAAUAUUGAUAGCAAUAAAUGUUGAUCAAAAUUGAUGAAAAAUUAAACUUGUUAUCUAGUAAAUUAGAUGGCACCACUGGAA